GUCUCCGGUUACAGUAGUAAAGUUUCCGGUUGCAGAAGAAGUCGUCCACAAGGAGAACAGUGAGAACGCAUACUCGCACUUCUGGUGCUUUCCGUAAUUUCCGUUGUUGGCAGAGCUAGGAGAAUUGCAGCUUAAUUCGCUGCCUUGGUCAGAGAGCAAACCUAUCCUGACUGUGAAGUGUGUGUAUUCUAACUGUAACCAUUAGCUUUAGUGACGGCCGGUGUGUGCGGUUAGACAAUAACUGACCGGAAAGAACGUCAAUAGUGCAGUUUUAAUUCAAUAUCCACGACAGACAGCUCUUCGAUUCGGCUGAAAGAAAUCUGCAGAAUGUGCCACCGACACGCCCACCAAUGGAUGAAAUUAGCGAAAGCUAUUAUGCUAUUUACGCUAUGUGCCACAGUUAACCGUAUACAGGCAUCCGAUUCAGCAACAGAACAGCACGAUGAUACCACACUACAGCACAAUCUACAAAAGCGAACGUGGAAAAAUCUCCAAGGAGGUUGGGGUAAGCGAACCCCCGAUGAUCUUUCAAGCCAGCAGCCCGAAACGGAGACAGACUACCUUGGGUACUCAAAUCGGGAAGAAAACCCAGUAGACUACAAUGCGGGAAAUGAUUUGGAAAAACUCAAUAGGUAUUUAAUUGAAAGUUUGGUUAACCAACGUUUAAGUCAUAUGGACACGCAAUACGAUGGAUCGGACGAGGAACAUCAAAUGGACAAGCGAGCUUGGAACAAAAUGAACGGCGGUUGGGGUAAAAGGGUAAAUUCAGGACCUGCGCAGUGGAAUAAGUUCAGAGGAGCAUGGGGCAAACGCGAACCUGGCUGGAAUAACCUGAAGGGACUAUGGGGUAAGAGAUCCGAAAAAUGGAACAAACUAUCAUCGUCGUGGGGCAAACGUGAUAUCGAUAACAGCAAUAGUUACUAAACCUGAUACUUCGUAGCGCAGAUAGUAUGUAUAUAUCCCCAACAUUUAUGUUAUUUAUACUAGAAUAGGUUACUUUCGAUAAAAUGGUUUAUUUUGUAUACAUACGUAACAUGUAGGACGAUUGUAAAAUGAGAUGAGAUUAUAAAAGAGAUCGAAAUGCGUGAAGAGCUAUAAUCCUGUUGUGGUACAUUUUCUGUUAGACAUGCAUGGUUCUACAAUAAACGAAUAAACACACGAGAUAUUAAGAGGAGAUUUCUGUGAAUAGCUUGGGCAUCAUUCCUUGAAGCAGUGUGGAGUACGAAGUGUGUAAAAUAAUCUAAUGUGCUACUAAUCUUAUAAAUAUAACUACAUACAUCGUCAGUAUGGUUCAUCAAAACUAUAAUACCUAAUAGUAAAUCAAAAAGCAUAAUAAAAAUAAGAUGUCAAUCCAA